AUGAACUACUUAUGUGCCCGUUUCCAGCAUAAGGGGGCGGGUGACUCAGUCGUUGGGCUACCACAGGAGCUGCUUAUUCGUCAUCCCUUGCAAUCAAGAUGGGCACUAUGGUAUCUGAAGGCAGAUAGAAAUAAAGAAUGGGAGGACUGUCUCAAGAUGGUCUCCCUUUUUGAUACCGUGGAAGACUUUUGGGCCCUCUAUAAUCAUAUACAGACGGCAAGUGGUCUGAACUGGGGCUCAGAUUACUAUCUCUUCAAGGAGGGUAUAAAACCAAUGUGGGAGGACGACAGCAAUGUGAAAGGUGGACGCUGGCUUGUUGUGGUCGAUAAGCAGCGUCGAGCUCAACUCCUCGACCAUUAUUGGCUGGAACUCCUCAUGGCGAUUAUUGGUGAACAGUUUGAGGAUUUGGGCGAGUACAUCUGUGGAGCUGUAGUGAAUGUACGGCAGAAAGGAGAUAAGGUAUCCCUGUGGACUCGUGAUGCUACGCGUGAUGAUGUGAAUACUCGCAUUGGGCUUGUGUUGAAGGCGAAGCUUGAUAUACCGGAUUCUGAACCUCUUAGAUACGAGGUACAUAAAGAUUCGUCCGUGCGUACAUCGUCGAUGGUCAAGCCGCGUAUCAUGAUUCCCAAUAAAGAAGCUACUGCAACGGCUGCCCGUUAG